AUGCAUACAAAUCUGACAUGCUUAUUUGAACGAGAGAGCCCAUCUGUGCAGAUGGAUGUUGACUCGUCCCAUCGGUUUUACAUCAGUCUCUCCGCGUUGGAUGCGAUUUCCGGAGCGGUGGAUCGUCUCAACCAACUUGCACUGGUGAUUCGCAGGUCAUCGGUUACAAGUGAGACCACAAAGGCUAGGAGGUUUGCUGAGAAGCUUGAUCUCGCGUCUUUCGAGGUACUUGCACACGGGUCUCUCAGGGUGUUAUAUCCCGAGGCAAGUGAAGGUCUCCGAGAACAACUGGCCCGAUCGAUGACAGAAACAUACGCUUUAUAUCUUCGUCGAAAAUCUCGUCAGAAACAUCUGCAAGCCCCUCGAUCGGGACGCCAAGCAUCACUUUUAUCUGCUAUCAGGGAAGAAGUUCAUGAUGCUGAAGCGGAGGCCCCUAUGGAACUAGAUUCACAAAUACCACAGCCAGGCGAAGGGCUGAGUCCUGAGGUCUUCCGACUGCAACCAUUAGUUACAUUCCGUCAGGGACCGCUAACCGAACCUACGUCGAUCGAUAGUCACGAGGUCAGGGUCAAGGUGCGAAAGCUAUUGAACCCCUCAAGGCGAAGUGGCACAAAGUCAAUCCUGGUCCAUCAAGCCGAGUACCCCUUACCAGCUGAAAGAGUUCUGCGCUGCCCUUGGUGCUUUGGGCCCCUUCCAACUAGCUCAAUAACCAAAAUUGAAUGGCGGGAGCAUAUGAACCAGGACCACCUACCCAUGUGCACGCCCCCUGGUCGUGGGCUUGCCCCUUGUGCACCACCAGAGAAGCAAUCUUUACUCAUUCAAGCCCGUGCAAUUGUGGGCCAGAGUCAAUUUCAAUUCCCUCGACCACGCCAUAUCUGCCCCCUAUGUUGUUUCUCGGUUACAGACGAACAGGAUCACACCAUGCAGGCACCGAAUAACGGCAAUGCGGCCAUUGAAGACCAACAUGCGAAUGAAGCACAUCCAGAGUCGGGUGUUCACGCUAGGCCCUCUUCAAGCAAGCUAGCUAACGUCGAGGCUAUAGCCACCCAUGUAGCCGCGCACCUUCAGUCUCUCAUGCUUCUAACACUGCGCCUGAUAUCCAUCAAUGACCUGACUGGGACGUCGUUUGAUAAUCAGAGUUUGUCAUCAAACCCUGAUGAUCGCAGCUCCAACCUUGUGUCAGAAUGUUGCGAUCCAGAUCUAGAUGCUGAGAGGAGAUACCCCAGUGCGCGAUCAGAGUCUGCCAUGUCCGAACACGACUUUGAGCAUCUGCCAGGAAGUGAGAUAGAGGACUCUGAGGAUAUCGACUGGGCUUAUUUCUAG